GCGAGUGAUAGGUCUGAACGGUAAGCGCAAUGGUGAAACUCGGGCGCCGUCCGGCAUGGAAAUGUCACACAAACAUCGGUGUUUUAGAAACAACGCCUAAAGGAGAUGCUCUCACAUCCUCACCGCACGUUUCCCUACAGACGAUUUUAGUUGCGACGUUUUAGAAAUAAGGGCAGCAAACAGAAACAGUGGACUGCAUCACAUGGCUAAAAAAGAAACUCAACAAUGAGGCUCAGUCACCACAGUCCCAACACUUGAGCUCAUCUUCAUGCAAGACGAAAACAGCAUGACAAGCUCUGGAGUUGAAGCUGAGAUGGAGGAGCAAUAUUUAGAGGAUGAAAACCACAUACUGGUAUCACCCUGCAUGAGCUCACAGUUAGGAGAUGGCAGCCCUGCCAAGGAACAAAGCCACGGCCAAAAUUCAGUGGAGAGGGAUUCCCCAGAGAGCCCUUCGGCAAUAAAAAGAUGGGAGUUUGGGCCACUUCUACAGUCAUUCAAAUCAAAGAUGGCUAGCUUUACUGAGAUUGUCAUGAGCCCUGUUCGACUUUUUAAGCCAAGUGACUCCCUGUCCUUGAUCGCACUUCCUAAUCAGCAUGAAAAGUUAGAGUCAAAUGUUGAAAAUUCAGUCCGGACAGAGGAAGCUGAAACCAACAAAUGUAGAAAUGGAUUAUUUCCAAAACGGCCUUCUUCGGAAAAGGUGCAGUGCAGCACUGCUCCAAAACGCCACAGAGUUGCACAGAGACUGAAUUUUUGUACAGUUUCAAUAAGUAACAACCACAUACCAGUGUUGGAUAAUAUUCAAAUGCACAACGAGGUUUCACCAAAUGAAGAAAAUCAGAUAGACCGUCCUUCAAACCAGUCACAAGCUGUUAUUCAGCAUGGGUCAUGUGAUGUCAGUCCUUGUAAAGCACAGAGCCCUCUCCUCAGGACUAGAUCAAAUCUGUCCACGGGCAGACUUAUGAAUUCUGCAAGUGCCAUGAGUGUGUCCAGCCAGGCAAGUGUUCAGAUGGAUGUUCUGCAUCAUCUGUCAAGUGAGAGACAGACCUGUAGCACUGUGGACCUCACAGCCAAUGGAGAUCAUCCUGAGUCCUGCUUUUCAGAAGAGGAAUCAAACCUUUUGAAACCAGAGUCUGACAGUAGUGCAAACAAGCCUGAUCCUGGAGUCUCCUUUUUUAGCACUUCCUCUGAUUUUGAUUUGGUAAGAAAAGUCACAAGCCCAGUUGGCAGCAAAGAAUCCUUUUCACGUAUGGCCACUAGGAAGAGCCCUAGAAAGAAAUAUCUGUCAGGGUCAACUGGAGCAACCUCCAUCAAACUGGCCACUUUUGUGACCAGAUCAAAGCCUCUAGAUGAGGAGAUGAAGGAAUCAUCAUCUGAGAACAGUAUGAAGUGGAUGCACCACUCGGCUGAAGUAUCAGAGCCUCCAAAGGCCGUUUCUGUCAGAGAAGUGAGGCCAAAGAGAUGCAGGGAAGCUCCUCAGACAAAGAAAGACUUGAAUGAAAGGGGGAAAUAUGAUUUGCAGAAUGCUAAAAAGGGAAGAUCUAUGAAGAAUAAAAAAACAAAAAACAAUUACAAUGCUUUGGAAAUAAACCAGGAGGAAGAAACAUAUGUUCAGGUUAGGAAGAGGAGGAAAAGGGUUUCUAUAAUGCAACCACUUCAAGACUCAAACGUGUCUGUCGGUACUAGUAAUGCUGCAGAUGUUGAGAUGAGAAAUUCUGUUGAGACCUCAGAUAAAACAGGACAGGACAAAACAAGAAGAAAUUUAAAAUGUAGGACUUUACUGACCUCUAGCAAUGAAGAUGGUGCCUCUGAUACUACAUACUCUCAAAAUGGCACACAGAACGUUCUGAUUGAAAAUACUAUGAAUGGUUCAUCAGAAGAGGUUCAGUAUCCUGUGCAGUCACAGGAGUCCGAGAAGACCAAUGAAACUCAAAAAACAAGACAGCAUCUUCAAAUUACAGAUGCUUUGCAGAAGAGAAUCAUUCGUCCACCCAAGCACAAGUUUGAGGACUUCAGCAUGACUUCUGUGGUUGAUCCAGCAGGACCAAGUAAGCCUUCAAAAAGAACACUACUGCGCAGCGAACAAUCUGUUCCAGCAGCUGAGGAGCAGGAGACAUGUAUUUCUGGACUGAAAGCAAGAGAAGAAAUCAAGGAACUUCUGCCACCUGGUUCAACAGCUCCGCUGCAUUCAGAACAAAAACUAAGCAGACCCACAAGGAACAUAAUUCGAUCAAGAAGAAUAGAUGGUUCCGCUGUCAAACGCAGACGUGCUGUUGGAGGUAACAGUGAAGCGGAGAGCCAAGAAAAGGCGAUGGAAUCCGUUCCAGUAGUGUCGUUGUCAGGUAGCGGUCCAAGCCGCCUCCUGCGCAGCUACUCCUGCCCUGAAAUCCCGUCCCUAGUAUUCAGUGACUGUCAUUUCCCCCGUUCCCACACGCAUGACAACCGCACUACCUCACCCAGCAGAAAGAGCUCACCCGUUCCACCUCCCAUCCACUUUCACUCUCCGUCCAAACGCACUCGCCGGCACACCGUCUGCAGUGUGGAGAUUGAGCGCGAAAUUGCCCCUUUGUGUCUCCGUAAGGAGGUGUACCCUGCUAGUCGGGGUGGCCCUUUGUGCCCCUCUUCCCCUUAUUUUCCCUCCACCUCCUUCACAGUCCUUGCCUCGUGUUUUUUGUCCAGUCCUUUAGCUUUCUUGUCUAAAGGCUCAAGCCAAGGGCGUAGUCAUGCAAGUGACACCAGCACCGGCAGUGUUUCAGCUGCCUCCAGUUUUGUUGUGUCCUCAUCAUCACCGUCCUCCUUCAGUCCCCCCUUUUCUUCCACCCUCACUUCCUAUCAUGCUUUAACCGGCCCUUCCUCUGUCACUCCCAGCUCUGAGACACCUUCCACCUCUGUGUCAUCACUCUGCAGUGCGUUUUCACAAAGCUCAUUGAAAGGAGACAGUCGGGUGCUUCAGAUGGAGUGUGAGGAGUCGAUAGAUGAGGAGAGGUCCAACUUUGACCUUAAACUCUCUGCAGCCAUCUCAGAGGAGAAAGCAUUAUCAGACUCUGAAAUCAAGACAGAGAUCAAGGAUGGUCAGCGUGGAAAAGUGUCCUCUAUUCGUAUCCGUAAAAAGAUUCCCAAACCUCAGAAUAAUCUUACCCCUAUGGGCCUUCCUAAAGUCAUCAGAGUAAAGAAGAAGGAUUUCAGCUUAGAGGAGAUCUAUACAAACAAAAACUUCAGCAAACCACCUGAUGGGCGUUUGGAAACCAUUUUUGAGGUGCCUCUUAACCGGCGUGAUGGCUCUCAGGCUGUCGUGGGCCAAAAAAAGGUGAAGCGCUUUGUUGAAUUCCCUGAACUGGGUGUCGCCAGGAAGCCCAAGAAACCUCUGGUCGGUGUAGUUUCGGGAGGUGGAGCCCAAAGGAGCGCUGGGAUCUGUAGAACCAGAAGAGGUGUCGGGGUCUCUUCCAAAGUGGAGGAUGGCCUCACCUUGCAGCAGCUGGAGUCCCUCCUUUGCUCCAAGCUUGAGGAGUUAGACACCUGGAUGGCACUUCAUCAGGUUGUGGGCUGAGGCAGAGGUUGUUUUGUACCAAAUGAGGGGCUUUGUACGUAUUAUGUUAAAAUUUACUGUAAAUUAAACAAAACACAAUAAAUAGACUUGCAGAGGUGUAAAAUGUUGAAUUGCUCUUGUACUGUAAAUACGUCACAUUCUUUAUAUAUUUUGCAAGGUAAGGGUGUUUAUUUUGUAGACUGGUCUGAUUUAACAAGAAAUGGCUUUGUUCUGUUUUGUCCUUUUUAUAGUCAUUCAAAGAAAGCACUUGUUUACAUGAAUCUGUGGCAUAUAUCUCUUAAUUCAUGCUCACCACAUCAAAUGAAGAGACUAAAACCAUCUCUUUCAGUAUAUUCUUUUAAAAACUUUGGUUCAAAGGAAUGCCUUAUUAAUACAGUCUCAGGAUGACCUGGGGGUUUCAUUAUAAAGGAGAUGCCAUAAAGGACAUUGUAGUGAGAGCAUUGAAUACAGCGAGUUACCAGUGAGACAAAAGUUUGCAUUGGUAAUUUUUAGAUUAAGCUUGGUGCUUCUUAUCUAGAAGCAUAAAGGAUUUAAAGGUUGCAUUGCAUUCUAUGCUUUUACUCAGGUACUCUGUCUAUAGUCCAUUCACAUAAUUUAGGCUUUUGUUCAUCUUUGAUGUGAUUUAUAAUACUAUACGUGGUGUUUGAACAUGUUGAAUGGUUUGCGUGUCAAGUUGUAUAGAAGUCUGCGUUCUGUAUUUCUAAUAGAAUACAAUUGAACUGUGUUUUGUAUUUUGGUGUUUUGUCAAGUUGUUUGUAAGAAGUUCACAAUGAACGGGUGCAUUUUGACUGUUACACAUUUUAUUACAAACUCUAAAAUACAUACGGUGUAUAAAACUUUAAAAAAAGCACAAGGUAUUGCAACAGUUCAACGUAUUUACAAGAACAGAAUGUUAAUAAUGUAACCACAUCCAUAUCUCAACGUUUGACUUUCAUGCUCUCUGCAAGUGUCUCAGUGUCUCGUUUCCAGUUUAAGACCAUAAAUAAACUCGGCUUGCUGAAGUGUAAAAGUA